CGCGCGGUCGACGCGCGCGCGCGCGACCGAAGCGACGCGUCGCGCGCGAGACAGAAGCGACGACUCGCGCGCGCGGUCGAUCUCGAAACCGUCGAAGCGCGUCGAAUCGAAUCGAAUCGAACGAGACAACGAUGGGUGUUGACGCGUCCGACGACGCGACGUCGCGCGCGCGACGCGUCUCGACGACGUCGACGAGCGAGCGACGCGGGACGGUGAUGAUGUCCAUCGCGGUGAUGGCGGUGUCGAGCCUGAUGACGCUCGGGAUCAAACGAGGGGUCGAGGGACGGGGAUCUUCCGCGUUCGCGACGCCGUUCAAAGCCGCGCUCGGGCAGCGGAUGAAGCACUCGACGUGGGACGAAAGUAAUCAGCACGACGGUGGGAACGCCGCGGACGAUGGAUUUGUGUCGUACGAGCAACAGCGAGAUUUCGAAGGACGCGAGUGGGCGUGGGAAAAGAGGAUAUCUUGCGAUGGUCACGAGGCGUUGGAUUUCGACGUCGACGCCGUCGAGGAGGGGCGCAAGGCGCUUUGGCGGAACGCGUCGUUUUCGUUCCAGUUUUGGCGCACGCCUCGCUCGCGACACUUUCAGCUGUACGAGCAAGAAAACAUACGCAAUGCAUUUUGCAAGGCGGGACAGUAUCAGGUGAACAUCGUGACGAUGAUGGACCACGCGGAUUCGUGCGAGUUCGCGCGCGCGCACUACGACAAGGGCGCCGAACAGUUUCCCAAGGAUGCAAGUCAACAUCUCGGGCGGGGCGCGUUUUAUUGCGCCACUCGAUCGAUUUCGAAUUUCCCUUACAAACUCAUGGCGGUAUGCGGCGCUCGAUCGAUGAUAGAGUUCAAUCGCGUGGAGAACCUUGCCGCCGCCGUAAGGGGUGGCCAGUCCAACGCCGAUUACAGCUUUCUGAACGCCUACUACGCCGACCCCGAGGAUUUCGAAAUCUCUUUGAUUAAUCAUCGCAUUUUCGACCCACAAUUGAAUCGCGCGUAUCCUACGCAAUUCCGUAUGGGUUGUUACAAAGAUGGCGCGGUCCGGCGUGCCAAUAAUUGUCAAGACGGAACGGCGUUUGAGCCGCGGCGCGUCAUCUCAACGCGUCUGAUGGGCGGCACGGUGGCUGCCGUUGUGAAGAUUGGCUACGGUUAUAGUCAUUUGACCCGUCGCUGGGUUCCUCUUCAAGGUCAAGGCGAGCGUUGGUCGCUCGAUGACGAUGGACUGGUGGUGGAGAGAAGGAGAAAGAGGGCGAAAGGGUGCGUAUGCCCGAGCGACGAGGAAGCCAUGACGCAAAUGGCGCACCACGAUGCUUUCAAGCAUUUUCUCGCUUUUGAGGAAAACGCUGACCGAACCAUAGGCACAACGAAAAUGCACGAGUACGGCUCGUGUCAUUGGGUAGACUUCGGACGAACGAAGAGGAAACUCGUGGAUUGAUUUUAGCCGUAGGUAGUAUUAAU